GCUAACCAAAGUACAAUCCGUGUCGUUCGUUAGUGAACCGUUUGUUUUGCCUUCCCUUCGGCGGUUUCAUCUCGUGUCUUCGAACCGGCGACGGGCGUUGUGUGUCGGAUUGUAUUGCACAAAGCGCGCUGUGCCUUUUCCUAGCCAUGGCGUAUCUCUCGCGUCGCGAGCUGGACGAAGUGCGGCCAAGCUUGGAAAAGCUGGUGUACAAGGUGCUCGGCACGGCGGACGCGACCAUCAUUGGGUCGAUCGAAUCGAACCUUUACAAUGGGUUCGAUCGCCGCAAGCUGAUCGACAAGCUUUCGUUCUCGAUCGACACCCGCAAAGCAUCGCGGCUCGGAGAUAAGGUUGAAGACUUUUUGGAUAACAUCAAAAUCAACAGCCAACCGGGGCACCAGCAGCACCAACAACAGCAAGUGCGUGCUGCAGCGGAACCUCUGGGAGCCAGCGUGAAAAAGCGUCCCCAUGAACCGGAUGCGAAAGAUGUGUCGACGAAAUUCAUCGAUCCGAAGCGAAUGAAACAGAAAGAUGACGGAGUGACGGCCGUGUCGACGGGCGCCACCAACGGCAGCAAUGGGAGCGGUGGCGAGUUACCGGUUGCACCACCGGCGGUGCCUAACAGCUUCUCUUCGAACCAAAUCAAGACGAUGAUGGAAAAUGCGCAGCGUGAGAUCGAGGAGCGCAAGCGCAAGCUGGAAACCAUCAAGGCAACCAAAGCGCCGCAGGUUCCGGCUUCGGCUGUGGCGGCGGCCGUUGCGGUCAGUGCGAAGAUAUCGGCGGCCGCAGCAGCAGCGGCUGCCGCUGCAGCGUCAGCCACCGCCACCGUUCUGGGAACGGCGCAUGCGACGUCGGCUGGAGCGCCCGGAACGGCCACACCGGUCACCGGUCCGGCUGGAGCCGCCGUCGCCGCGAUUACGGACGUCGAGCGUUCGAAAAAGAUCGCACAGCUGCAAGAGCAGAUCCGUGCCAAGCUAUCGGGCACGCUGGCGACCGUUUUGCCACCGCCGCCGCCGGUCCAGGACAAACCGAAACCUCUCAUACUGGACGCGGAAGGCAGGACGGUCGAUGGCAGCGGGCGGGCGAUCAUCGUGCCACAGCUAACACCGACGCUGAAAGCAAACAUCCGCGCGAAGAAGCGCGAAACGAGCAAGAACCAACAGGCGGCCGAACGAGCACAGACCGAAGAAUCGAAUGAAUCGCACUUUCACGACGAGCGAAUCACGCUGAAGCCGGCUGUGCGCAACAAACGGGCGCUGCGUUUCCAUGAGCCGGGCAAGUUUCAGCAGCUGGCCGAACGGAUGCGCAUGAAGGCGCAGCUCGAGAAGCUGCAGAAUGAGAUUUCGCAAAUCGCACGCAAAACUGGCAUCAGCUCGGCGACCAAGCUGGCACUGAUUGCGCCCAAAGCGGACACGCACUCGAACGAGGUGCCGCAGAUGGAGUGGUGGGAUUCGGUCAUUCUUACCGACGAUUUGAGCACGCUGGACGCCCAAGGCCAGAUCUGUAUUCGUGAAUCUGCCAUCACUAACCUCAUCGAGCAUCCGACGCAGAUGCGUCCUCCGAAUGAAUCGUCCCGUGCCGUCUAUCUGCCCGUUUUCCUCACGAAAAAGGAGCGCAAGAAGUUGCGGCGCCAGAAUCGGCGCGAGGCGUGGAAGGAAGAGCAGGAAAAGAUCCGGCUCGGGCUGGAAGCGCCCCCGGAGCCGAAGCUGCGCAUUUCGAACCUGAUGCGUGUGCUCGGCACGGAAGCGGUCCAAGAUCCGACCAAAAUCGAGGCGCAUGUUCGCGAGCAGAUGGCCCGGCGACAGAAGGUGCACGAGGAAGCGAAUGCGGCCCGUAAGCUGACCGACGAUCAGCGACGCGAGAAGAAAAUGCGCAAGAUGAAGGAGGACACCACGCUAGGGGUGCACGUUGCCGUCUACCGCAUCCGGGAGCUGCAGGAGCUGCAAAGCAAGAAGUUCAAGGUGGAAACCAACGCGAAACAGCUGUUCCUUACCGGCAUCUGUGUGCUGUUCCGCGACUGCUGUGUGGUAGUGGUCGAAGGCGGACCGAAGCAGCAAAAAAAGUACCGCCGCCUCAUGCUGCACCGCAUCAAGUGGGAGGAAGACUUGGUGAAGAACGCAGACGGCAACGAGAUACCGAACACGUGCGUGCUCGUGUGGGAAGGCACCAACCAGCGGCGCAACUUUGGCGAGUUCAAGUACAAAUCGUUCCCACUGGAGAAGAGUGCUCGUGAUUUCUUCCAGAAGCACCACGUCGAGCACUACUGGGAUCUGGCGUACUCGGGAGCCGUGCUCGAGGCAUCGGAAGACGCCUAAUCAAAUCGGUCCACUUGG